ACUGUGUGUGGCCUAAGUGUAACCAACCGGACUUAAUUGGGCGCAGUUACUCCGGCCACCUGCUUCGCAACCUCCACCGCCAUCAAUGCGGGAUCUACUACCAGCACUACUGCCUCCUCUUCCUUAGAGAGAGAGAGUGUGUUUGACACCUUAGAGCAGAGUUACCUCCCCAACUGUGAAUCGAAACGCGGAAGCUGAGUCUGCUCAACACCAUCUCUCUCUCACACACAACACAGAGAGAGAAACGGGAGAGGAAAACAGCAGAUGCGUGAAUUCCAAUCCAACCAGCGCUGUCGAUACCUCCAUUAAUAGUGGGGAUGCGUGCGGGUAGCUAAGCAAGCUGCCCGCCUCGCUCCGCUGCGCUGGCCACUCCAAGGAGAGCCAGACCACGAUUCUUGGAGCCGCGGUAGCUAGCUACCUAGCAUAGCUUAGAGAGAGAGAGAAAGAGAGAGAGCGAGCGAGAUGGACGGCGGCGGCGGAGGAGAUGGCAACGGGAUGGCGGCGUGGCGUGGGUCAGUGUCGCCGGCGGCGCGGUACGCGGAGUCCGGCGGGGCGAGCCUGACGUGGGAGAACCUGACGGCCGUGCUGCCCGGCCGCGGCGGGCGAGCGACCAAAAACCUGGUGCAGGGUCUGUACGGCUACGCCGUGCCCGGCCGCGUCGUCGCCAUCAUGGGGCCAUCCGGCUCCGGCAAGUCCACCCUCCUGGAUUCACUCUCCGGGAGGCUGGCGAGGAACGUGGUGCUGACCGGGAAGGUGCUUCUCAACGGCAAGAAGAGGCGGCUCGACUAUGGCGUCGUGGCGUACGUGACCCAAGAGAACGUGCUGCUGAGCACGCUGACGGUGCGCGAGACGGUGACCUACUCGGCGCUGCUGCGGCUGCCGUCGAGCAUGCGCAAGUCGGAGGUGCGGCGCGUGGUGGACGACACGCUGGACGAGAUGGGCCUCCGGGAGUGCGCGGACCGCAACGUCGGCAACUGGCACCUCCGCGGCAUCAGCGGCGGCGAGAAGAAACGGCUGAGCAUCGCGCUGGAGAUCCUCACCCACCCGCGCCUCCUCUUCCUGGACGAGCCCACCAGCGGCCUCGACAGCGCCGCCGCCUUCUCCGUCGUCCAAACGCUCCGCCAGCUCGCCGUUGACGGCGGGCGCACCAUCGUCUCCUCCGUGCACCAGCCCAGCAGCGAGGUCUUCGCGCUCUUCGACGACCUCUGCCUCCUCUCCAGCGGGGAGUGCGUCUACUUUGGAGACGCAAAGCUAGCAACACAGUUCUUCGCGGAAACCGGUUUCCCCUGCCCCAGCCGGAGGAACCCGUCCGACCACUUCCUCCGGUGCGUCAACUCCGACUUUGACGACGUUGCCGCCACCAUGAAGGGGUCUAUGAAGCUGCGAGCAGAGGCGGAGCUUGAUCCCCUGUUGAAGUACUCCACGUCGGAGAUCAGAGAACGGCUUGUGGACAAGUACCGGAUCUCGGAGUACGCCAUGAUGGUUAGGAACACGAUACGCGAAAUAACCAAAAUUGAGGGUGUGAUGGAGGAGGUGGUCCGCGGCAGCCAGGCGAGCUGGUUCAAGCAGCUGCGCACGCUGACGAGAAGGUCCUUCACCAACAUGUCCCGCGACUUCGGUUACUACUGGCUGCGCAUCAUCAUCUACAUCCUCAUGGCCGUCUGCCUGGGCACCAUCUACUACGACGUGGGCACGAGCUACACGGCCAUCCAGGCGCGCGCCUCGUGCGGUGGCUUCGUCUCGGGCUUCAUGACCUUCAUGUCCAUCGGCGGCUUCCCGUCCUUCAUCGAGGAGAUGAAGGUCUUCACCCUCGAGCGCCAGAAUGGCCACUACGGCGUCGCCGCAUACGUCAUCUCCAACUUCCUCUCUUCCAUGCCGUUCCUGCUCGCCGUGUCGUGGGCUAGCUCCUCUAUCACCUACUGGAUGGUUAAGUUCCGGCCGGGGUUUAGCUACUUCGCCUUCUUCGCGCUCAACCUCUACGGCGGCGUCUCCGUCAUCGAGAGCCUCAUGAUGAUCAUCUCUGCCCUCGUGCCAAACUUCCUCAUGGGACUCAUCCUUGGCGCCGGCGUCAUUGGGAUCAUGAUGUUGACGUCUGGAUUCUUCCGGCUGCUUCCUGAACUUCCAAAGAUUUUCUGGCGGUACCCGGUAUCCUACAUUGUCUAUGGCUCAUGGGGUUUGAAGGGCGCGUACAAGAACGACCUGAUCGGGCUAGAGUUUGAGCCGAUGAUGCCGGGUCAACCCAAGCUGACCGGCGAGUACAUCAUCACCAAGAUGAUGGGGCUGAGCCUGAACCACUCCAAGUGGCUGGACCUCGCCAUGAUAUUCGUCCUCCUCUUUGCCUACCGCCUCACCUUCUUCAUCGUCCUCAAGGUCAAGGAGGCCACCUCCCCCUACAUCCGUGUCGUCUACACGCACUUCACCGUUAAGCGCCUCGAGCGGCGAGCGUCGUUCAGGAAGACGCUCGCCAUGACGUCGCUGUCCAAGCGGCACAACCCGCCGCACCCCAUGGCCAUCCAAGAGGGCCUCAACUCCCCCAUGUCGUACUGAGAAGAUGAUCAAGAGCAGAGAGUGCAGCUGGUAGCCUUAUGGUAGCAGUUGAUAUCACAACUACUUGUGAAUGUGCUUACAUAUAUGUUCGUUCGUUUGCUUAGUUGUUUUUUUUUUUAAUUUAUAAAAAGCGGAACUUCAUUUAAACACAAGUAAUUCUACAAAGGUGAAAGUCACCCCAGGAAGAAGAUUGCAAUGCCUCGAGUACUGGACAUUGUUGAUCAUGAAAGAGAUUGUUACACAUGAAAGAAUUGGAUGUCCUGUCAGGUUGAUUCCAAGCUUUUUAGGCCAGGCUGUGAGCCAUCUUGUUAA